AAACACACGAGCCGAAAUUCAUUCCAUUAUGGGCUAGUAGGAGAUCUACCCGAAUCCAAUUUAUUUUGGCCCUAAUUUCAAAUUUCCCACAGCUUUUUAUCUUCGGCAAAGUUCUGACUAGUCUUCCAGUUCACUCUCCCUCCGGCGAAUUUUCACUCUCUAUGUUCUGCGCGAUCAAGUUAUUCUUGGGUUGUGCGUUCCUCACGUUCCAAAGGUUUUAUAACCAGGAUCUUCUCAUCGUAGAAAGUUGAUGUAGGAAAACAAGCUGAUCCAGUUCACUAUACUGUUUCUCAAAUGGAUCCAGAAGCUGCACGUAAUGCACGGGAUUCACUGGAUCUGGUAUUUCAUAUGUCAAACAUUCUUGAUACUGGGCUUGAUCGUCACGCUUUAUCCAUUCUGAUUGCACUCUCUGAACUGGGUUUCAAUCCUGAGGCCUUGGCCGCUGUAGUUAAGGAGCUUCAUAGAGAAACACCAGUUUCUUCUUCUGUCCAAUCAUCCGCUCCAUCAGCACCUUAGGUUGAUUAAUUUUAAAUCUCAUUGAUUGCUGAGAUUCGAUGGAACAAUCUCCGGAGGAGCUCUUUCUUAACCUUUUUAUCCUUCCCCUGUUGAUUGAUGUGUAAGUGGUUUGUUCUCUUAUCCUACUUUAGCAUUAAACACAAGGGUUUUUUGAGUUUUGAGGCUUACUUGGAGUGAGCCUUCUGGCUAUCCUUCAUUAUGCAAGCUUUCUCCAUUUCUUUGAAAUUCAACUGGCUGAUGCGUACUUUUAUUUACUUCGCUUUGAAAGAUCAUAUCUUAUUGCUAAUACUGGAUAAAUAUAAAAAUGUUCAAUCCAAAAAUUGACUAUUUUAGCAUCUUC